AUGGCGAGCGAGGACCCCUCCACCGCCGAGCGCAAACCUCGCAAGUCAGUCGCCUUUACCGACGAGCAAAUAGUCGUCGACGCCGACGGAUCCGUCAAGAUGGUCACCGCCGCCGACGAGCCCCCCAAGGACUCGGCCCAGUCCCAUGCCGCUCCUACCGAUGAUGCCGCCGCCGCCGCCGCGGACGACACCGGUCUCGACCUCUCCCUCCUGAAGAAGAAGAAGAAGAAGUCGUCCAAGCCCAAGGACGAGGACGGUGCCGAGGGUGGCGAUGCCGCCGACGAUGGCGGUCUCGACCUUUCCAUGAAGAAGAAGAAGAAGAAGGCCAAGAAGGAGGCCACCGAGGACGACGACUUUGCCGCCAAGCUGAAGCAGCUCGAGGUCAGCAAGGACGAGGAAGGCGCCGCUGCCGAGGGCGCCGCUGACGGUGCCGCGCCGUCGGCCGGCGACAUGGAGGCCGGCACGGGCGUCUGGGCGCACGACGAGACCCGGAGCAUCAACUACCCGCUGCUGCUCAGCCGCUUCUUCACCCUCCUGCAGCAGAAGAACCCCGACCACGCCCUGUCCGGCACCAAGACGUACAAGAUCCCACCGCCCCAGUGCAUGCGCGAAGGCAACCGAAAGACGGUCUUUGCCAACAUUGCCGAGAUCUGCCGCCGCAUGAAGCGCUCCGAGGAGCAUCUGACGUCGUACCUGUUUGCCGAGCUGGGAACCAUUGGCUCCGUCGACGGCAGCAGACGCCUCGUCAUCAAGGGUCGCUGGACCCCCGCACAGCUCGAGACGGUGUUGAGAAAAUACAUCAUCGAAUACGUCACCUGCAAGACCUGCAAGUCUCCCGAUACCGAGCUCAACAAGGGUGAGAACCGUCUGUACUUUGUCACCUGCAACAACUGCGGCUCCCGUCGUUCCGUCACCGCCAUCAAGACUGGUUUCUCCGCCCAGGUCGGCAAGAGAAAGAAGAUGCAGGGUUAA